AUUUCCCAGCCGCAGUGUUUCUACCGUGUCUGCUACUCAACUCGAUCUACUCCGUCAAAUCGCCACAAAUGGGUUUCACAAAGCCGCCUGUUCAGGCGCUCAAGUCUUCCAAUAGGCUCAAACGAAAGGAGCUCUUCGUCCAGUACAAGAAGCACCAGAACAAGGAGAGACAUGAGGAACGACACCGCCGCCGUAGGGAAGAAGCAAAGGACCCCGAGCUCAAGGCAGCCCGGCUAGCUAAGCGCAAACCUGCAACGAUCGACUCAAAGCGAGUAUGGGAUGAUAUCGACGAUGACAGUCUUGGUGUGCAGGUGGACCUCGAGAAACUAAAGCGCCGCCGCAUUGAAGAGGCUGAAGCAGCUGAACAGGCGGCUCAUGAGGCUGCUAUGCGCGCUGAGGAAGAGCUGGACGAGGAUGAUGAUGUUGACAGUAUGUUGGCUUCGGAUGAGGAGAUGGACGAAGAGCGACAGGCUGCACUGGAAAAGAAGCGUCAACGCCGUGCACAGCGAGAUAACAGUGUUGCCCCAUCCACAACAAGCACAAACCUUGACUUGACGCCAACAUCACUGGCCCUAAAGUUUCCGUCUCUUUUCACCGACAUACCGGCUCCUGAGCCCAAGAUUCUGGUCACAACGUCCAUCAACUCUACUCUCCACGAACAGGCCCAUGUUCUCUGCGAGUUCUUCCCCAACAGCUCUUACGUCCCCCGGUCGGCCCAUCGGUACGGCCAUAAGUAUUCGCUCCGAGAGAUCUGCAAGUACGCCUCAAAUCGAGAGCACACAGCUGUAAUUCUCCUUAAGGAGGACUCCAAAAAACCUACAGGUCUCACGGUUGUACACCUUCCUUCCGGCCCGACUUUUCAUUUCUCCAUCACAAAUUGGAUCGAAGGCAAAAAGCUCCCAGGCCAUGGAAACCCAACAAAUCACUACCCUGAACUGCUUCUUAACAAUUUCAAGACACCACUUGGCCUGUUGACAGCCAAGCUGUUUAUGACCUUAUUUCCCCCUAAGCCCGAGUUCCAAGGUCGCCAAGUCACUACGCUCCACAACCAGCGAGAUUAUAUCUUUGUGCGACGACAUCGUUACGUUUUCCGAGAAAAGCGACAGACAGAAAAGAGCAUCGUCGGUGCCGAUGGAAAGGAGGUUAAGGGUGUGGAGGGCAUCCGCGCUGGCCUCCAGGAGCUUGGUCCCCGCUUCACCCUCAAGUUGAGGAGAGUUGACAAGGGUAUUGGAAGAGCUGGAAGUGAGGGUGAUGAUGCGGCACAGUGGGAGUGGAAGGCCAAGAUGGAGAAGGAUCGCAAGAGGUUCAACCUAUAAUUGUUUCUCUAAUAGUGGGUUGGUAGUCAUGGCGCUUGGCGUUCUUGAACUUGAGCCGGCAAUACAAUACAAUACAGUACAGUACAAAGAUAACGAAGACAUUUCAUUUCAAGCUCCUGACCGC